GUUUUGUACUGAACUCUUUUUUUAUUCGGACUCAGGAGAGGAAGAUGAUUGUCAAGAAUACUGAACUUAAAGGAUGAUCAAUAACGGUCAGUAAAUGAGGAGAAGAAUCUGUGAUCUGGUGGUUUAGGUUUCAGUGAAAACAGUCAGAGUGAAAGUGAAAGUAUGUGAGCUGAAAAACAGACUCCAUUUUGAGAAACGAAGUGAGCAGAGAGGACGAGGAGACAGGGUGAGUGUUUACUCUGUUUUAGUUUUAAUGUCAAACUCUUAAUCUGUGUUAUCCGUUAAUGAAAAAUGAUUUACUGACUAAAACACUUAAAAACUGUAAAACAAAGAAACCUGAGCAGACAAAAAGCUGCAUCAGUUCUUCAUACAGAAACUGUGUACGUGCAGUUCUUCUUCCUCUUUGUUUAGACUUUUAUUUUUAGUAAAAACUAAAAUGAGAAUAUUUUUACCCUCUCAUUUCAAAUUUAAUCGAGUCCCCUUAAUUUUUUUAUGAGAGUUCAGGGACCUCACAGCUGAUUUGUUUUGACCGUGAAUCAGAUAAAGAUCAGAGAGAGGCCCUGCAGGGUGGAGGGACAUCAGAAGGUCUUGAUAUUAAACCUGUAUAACUCUUAACCCUCAUGUUGUGUUCUGGUCAAAUUUGACUGAUUUGAAAGUUUUAUCUCUUAAGACUGUAGUUGAUUUGAUCAGAUUGACCUGAAAUUUCAUGACUUUGUCCACAAUGAUGAUUUCAACACAAAAACUAAAUUUUAUCAAUUUUGAGAUGGUCUUGUGGGUUUUAUUCAACUUUUAAACAAUCUUGUUCAUGGUCAAAAAUGACUGGCCAUCAGAAACGAAUGGAGGAGACAACAGAAGUGUAAAAAAAAAUCAAGCUCAAGUACUUCAUUCAUCUCUGGAGGGGGUGUCUAACGCAGUGUUAAGGUGUGUUUGACCCUAAAUUAAGUUUCAUUGGAAUAGCCCUUUAACAGUUUUCAUUCUGAUAUAAGGCAAAAGACAUCUGAAAAACUGAUAUAAUGUUAGUAUUUGUGUUCUGAAGACAUUGAUCUUUGAGUAUUGUGAGGUUGUCAAACAGUUUCUGAAGAGUUCCCUUUGUGCACUAAUAAAAUAUUCCCGGUCACUUUUGACCGAAACACAACAUGUGUCACUUUAUAUGAUUAUGUAAACCCUCUACUUGGUUUCAAAACAAUUGUUGUUUUUUACCCGAAGGAGUCUGUGUUAAAAAAGGAGACUAAUUUUCUUUUGAUUAUUUCUUGCAAUCAAAAUAAUCUGAAAAUUAUGUGUUUUACAACUCAAAUUCAAGAUGUUUAAGCUCAGAUCAAUGAGGCCCACAGGCCAGAAAUAACAAAUAGAACUUCAAAACUUGAAAUGUUCACAACAACUUAAGUUAAUGAAAAUAAAAACCACAACAAGUAGUGAUUAUUUAUGUGUAUCACAGUUUUUAUGAUGACUCUUAGUGCUACAGUUAUUUUUUGACUGCGAACAUAAAAUUGUUUAAUAUGAAACGAACAUAACAUGAGGGUUUAAGAGGUAUAUUAAGCUGUUUUCAGACUUUUCCUUUCUGAUUCUUCUUUUAAUUUCUAAACACUCUCUUCCUGUUUGUGUCUCACCUGUUUGUCUGCUUUGCCCUCAGGUUGUAUAACUUGGUUUCAUCUUCCAUAAAUUUGCACAUCAGAUGGAGAAGUUGAGCGAUUGUUUAGAGGAGGAGGAGGGCAGAGCAGAGUCUGUCAUGUCUGACUGUCUGUCUAUGAAGAGUGACCGGUCUAAAGAUGAUCCACUGUUCUUCAGUAAAGAACCAGGACCCUCAGAGGAGGGCAGAGCAGAGUCUGUCAUGUCCGACUGUCUGUCUAUGAAGAGUGACCGGUCUAAAGGUAUCAUAGAGGAGUUCAGUAAAGAACCAGGACCCUCAGAGGAGGGCAGAGCAAAGUCUGUUAUGUCCGACUGUCUGUCCAUGAAGAGUGACCGGUCUAAAGAUUAUCCACUGUUCUUCAGUAAAGAACCAGGACCCUCAGAUUCACAGUAAGAGAAACACUUUUCAAUCACCAAACUCUCAAACAACAACUAAUGUUCCAAAAUCCGAACUUUAAAUCCUGACCCCUCUGUUUUCUCCUCUGCUCUGAAAACGCUGAUUUUCUUCUUUAACCUCCAACCUGGAUAAAGGUCUGGUAAAGAAAAAGUCACUGAGCACAGAUUUACUUAUUAUUCCUGAUGUUGAUAAAAAUGAAGGGCGUAUAAAACAGCAUUUGAAAAGGAUUCUGACCUCUGUAUUUUCUGAUUUGGGUCCUGUGUUUGGGACGUUUUGAGCCUGUUAGUCUUUGGACUGUGGUGUAUAGACCCCAGAAAACAGUCUGUGGGUCAGAAAAUACCAGAAGACCAAAGAAGAAAUAAAUCCUGAGAAAUAAAAACUCAUUCAAAGCAUCUGUCUGUUAUUAGACCUUUAGAUCUGAUUGUUAAAAAAUGUUUUAAACUGUCAGAGAAAAUCUCUCGACCUUCAAAAAUCACAGUUUAGUUUUUUCACCACACUUUGAGGCAGCACCUGAAUAUUUUACAGGAGAUUGUUUCAUGUUGAGAAAAGAGUGAGGUCAGAAACUCUGGUUUAACAAAUUCUUUUUAUUAUUUAUUAUUUUAUUUUUUAUAUAAGAAAAAUACAUGUUCUUUAUUUCCACAGAGAGACACAGAGAUUUGACUCUGUGGAGGAGCAGCUGUCCAGCUGUUCUUUAUGUCAGGAUGUCCUGAAAGAUCCAGUCUCUACCCGCUGUAGACACCAGUCUACCUGUUCAGAAUAUACCUCCUGUCCCCAGUGUGGAAAAAGAACCAGAACAGUUCUUGUCUCUCAGACAGACAGGCAGUCCAGCUCUGAUGGAAGUAAGUCUGAACAUCUGUCCUUUAAACCCUAAAUUACACAAUUGCUGCCUGGAUAAUUUUGCUUGUUUUAUCCACUUGCACUUUGAACUUUAAAUAUCUGGCUGUCAUUUACAAUUUACUGCCUGUCAAAAGAGUGUUUUAAUAUUUUAAGAUAAAGAAAAAAAAACAAAAAAGGAGUAAGAUUUUUUGAGUUUUAAUGAGAAAAAAACACAGAAAAUCUUCAUGAACAACAGAUUUUUUAUUUGAGAUCAGAAAUUUGAAGAGUAUCAAACAUAUUUACAACAAAAACUUUGGAGUGCUGUCUCUCAAAGUGCAAAAACAGGCCACAUAAAUACAACUAUGUUCUGACAUUUUUUCCCCUUUUCUCCUCUCUGGCUGCAAACACACUCCUCUCUCACUCAGAGGUCUUUGUGGAACUGUCAGAAGCUGUUCCUUUCUGUCAGCAGACACAGACCCACAUCACACCCCUCACACUUCCAGACAGUGCUCCUUAUGACAAAGUUUGCAGCGUCGUCUCCCCAUGCUGGUUCUUUGAGACAUCAGCUGCCCAUAGUUUGUUUGGGCACGUAGGUGUUUGUCACCUGUAACCUUCUUUGAGACUUGCUGUAGACAAACUUUUAGAAGAUGUGCAGCAAGCUCCUCCUGAAAGCACCAGGGACAGGUUUUGGGUUGAACCUGUUGUGGAAAAUCCAACAUAAACUCAGUAAAACAGUGCACAGGAGACAGAAUGACAUCUGAAGAACGGCCUGGGCGUCUUAUUAUACAGAUGUAGAAAUCAGUACAGAUGACAAACCCGAGGGAAAGCCUACCUAAGCCUUUCUUCUUCUCCCUUUUAUACUGUCAGGUGUGUAUCUGAGUACAGUGAUUGUGUACUGCUUGUACCUCUGGUGUGUGUGUGUGUGUGUGUGUGUGUGUGUGUGUGUGUGUGUGUGUGUGUGUGUGUGUGUGUGUGUGUGUGUGUGUGUGUGUGUGCGUGUGUGUGCGUGUGUGUGUGUGCAUGAGUCUUCCUCCAUCAUGGGUACAUCAUAUUUAUCCUCCAGGAGGCUACCCAUGAUGAUGUGUUGUACUGUUCUGAAACUCAACACUUUAUUUAGAUGAGUCUUAACUCUCCCAGAGAUAAGCUCUAAAUGUUCUGGCAGACAGAUAUUUUUGGUCCCUGGAAAGCAGCCUUGCUUACAACACUUGUAGGCCAACCCAGAUUAUUUGUAACCCCUUAAUGAAAGAUAAUCACUCUAUAUUUCUUAACCUAAAUGUAUGAACAUAUUCUACUACACAGUCCCCCCUUUUGAAAGUUCUUACUUUCAUAAAAAUCCUGAUUAUCAUACAGAAACACCUAACAUCGUUAUGUGAAUAGAAAUGAAACAUGUACACUGAAUUCUCAAUACUAUGUGUGUGAUUCGCUGUCUCAAAGACUUAAUAGUACCACAUGACAUGUGACACAUUGGAUAUGACAGGAAAGAAAAUGAAACAAAAAUAAGCAAAAGUUGUAAAGUUGUUGUAUCGAUUCUAACAAGUGUGAUUAAAUCAUCAAAGUUCGUCAGGUUGAUUAAUAGCUCAAAUUCAUGUUCAGUUUCUUUACCAUUAUAUCAUAGCUGAGAUCAUUUCAAGUUACAUCAGUGUGUAAGACUGAAAACCCUGUUUGGCUGUUUAAACAGGGAAAGAAUCUUACUGCCCCACGCCCUGGCGACCAUCCAUGUUCUGAAUACGCUAAAAUAAUAUCAUUUGCAAAGUAAAAUUCUCAGCUUCUGGUAAUACCAUUAAUUUCAUUGUAGCACCCUGGAUUAAUCCUACGAUUAAUAUGUGAUUAACCCCUUGAUUAAUGUGUAAUUCAUAUAGUCCUUUAAACUCUGCGAAUGAAACAUUGAAUGCCUGAGUUCAGUUUAAUAUCUCAGUUCACUGAAUGUAUUGAUUGUGUUGCUCAGUCUUUUUCUCAUCUUCGUCUCCUUCAUAGUCAGGGAACAGUUCAGGUCCCUCAGUCCCUCAUUGAUUAACGACACACUGUGCCAGCUGUUUUGGAUGCAUUUCCUGUAGUUCUUGGGCCAGUGUUAGGCCCACCAUAAGUGGAUGGAAUGAUGAUGAUGACGAAGACUCAUCCACAUACAUGCACAUAUCAGAGGUACAAGCAGUACACAAUAACUGUAUUCAGAUAUGCACCGGACAGUAUAAAAAGAAGAAGAAGAAAAGCUUAGGAAGGCUUUCCCUCGGGUCCCCCCCGGCACACUCUGCAAACAUCCUCAACUUUGAACAAGACACAGGUAAACAAAGCACAAAUAGGCAUAUGUUGUACAAACUUACUGCCUUAGCAUGGUGUUCUAACAAAGUCACAACAGGUUAUAAGAUUUACUCCUAAAAUAACUUCAAUAAACUAAAAACAACACAGAGAGCACUUCAUUCAUCCAGAAACCCACACAGAAAAUCAACCGGUCAAACUUUACUUUCCUUCGUCUUUAGUUGCUCUGAAAGCUGCUCCAUCAGUCUCAAAGUUGUCUGUAAACCUCAGUGGAGGUUUUCUCACCCGGGAAGGUUGUAUUCUAGUCAUUUUCCUCAUUUUCCUUUGAAAAAAAUCACUUUUUUGUCACUUUUCUCUCUCUUUUUGCUCCGUUUCUCUGCUCUGUUGUGUGUCUAUCCCCUGCUCCCUUUAAGAGGGGGAGAGGGGACGGAGAGACAGAUUUUCUCACUUCCCUAAACAGCAGGAGUGAAAUUACCAUAAUAACCGUAUAUUGGCUGAGUGGCGCAACUUCUCAGCUUUCAGAAACCAUCUAAGUUUUUCUGACAGCACAAACUAUCGCAGAGUUACGGUAAUUUAAAGAGCGCCUGUGUAAAGGUGUCGGCGCCGACAGACUGUGAGGAAGAGUCUGUGUGGAUGAAAACUCAGCUGACUGAUUUUCACAAAGACGUUUCAGUUUGAGAAGUUUGGUUUAUUUUAUUUUUCUUCUCUUUCAGAAGAUCGCCUCCCGCAGGAGGUUUUAGAUGAACAUAAGAUCAGUCUGAAGAGGAGAUGUGAACGUGUGAAUGAAGGAAGUGAUGAAACAGGAAGUAGUCAAACCCUCCUCAACAGGAUCUUUACUGAGCUCUACAUCACAGAGGGACUGAGUGAAGAGGUGAACACCCAACAUGAGGUGAGACAGCUGGAGACCACUUCAAAGAUGAAGACCCUCCAUGAUGAACCCAUCAGGUGUCAUGAGAUCUUUAAGACCUUACCUAAACAGAAGAAGAAGCUCAUCAGAGUGGUUCUGACCAACGGCGUGGCUGGUGUUGGAAAAACCUUCUCAGUGCAGAAGUUCACUCUGGACUGGGCAGAGGGCUUGGAAAACCAAGACCUCCAUCUGGUGGUCCUGCUUUCAUUCAGGGAGCUGAACCUGAUCAGAGAAGAGCGCUUCAGUCUUCUGAGUCUGCUCCAUGUUUUCCAUCCAACCCUAGAGAAGGUCACAGCAGAGACGCUGGCUGUCUGUAAACUUCUGUUCAUCUUUGACGGUCUGGAUGAAAGCAGACUGUCUCUGGAUUUCACAGACUCUGAGGUCCUGUCUGACGUCACACAGAAGUCUUCACUGAACGUUCUGUUAACAAACCUCAUCAAGGGGAACCUGCUCCCCUCAGCUCUCAUCUGGAUAACUUCUCGACCUGCAGCAGCCAAUCAGAUCCCUCCUUCACAUGUGGACAGGGUAACAGAAGUACGAGGCUUCACUGACGCCCAGAAGGACGAGUACUUCAGGAAGAGGUUCACAGAUGAAGAUCUGUCCAGAAGAAUAUCUCACACAUCAAGUCCUCCAGGAGCCUCCACAUCAUGUGUCAGAUCCCGGUCUUCUGCUGGAUCACUGCGACAGUUCUGGAGGACAUGAUGAGCAGAGAGCCGAGAGGAGAUCUGCCCAAGACCCUGACUGACAUGUACUCACACUUCCUGCUGGUCCAGACUAAGAGGAAGAAGCAGAAGUAUGAAGGAGGACAUGAGACAAGUCCUCAGGAGCUGACGAAGGCUGACAGUGAAGUCCUCCUGAAGCUGGGGAGGCUGGCCUUUGAACAUCUGGAGAAAGGAGACAUCAUGUUCUACCAAGAAGACCUGGAGCGGUGUGGUCUGGAUGUCUCAGAGGCCUCGGUGUACUCAGGAGUUUGUACAGAGAUCUUCAGAAGAGAGAGUGUGAUCUUCCAGAAAACUGUUUACUGUUUCGUUCAUCUGAGCGUUCAGGAGUUUCUGUCUGCAGUCUACAUGAUCCACAGUUUCACAAACAGGAACACAGAAGCUCUGAAGACUCUCCUAAGAGGCAACAAUGACAAAAGGUUUUCUUCAAAGAUGGUUUCCAGAUCUUUUGAAAACCUGUAUGACAGUUUCUCAUCUCUGGAUGUCUUCCUGAAGAGAGUCAUGGAGAAAUCCCUUCUCAGUAGAAAUGGACACCUGGACCUGUUCGUUCGCUUCCUUCAUGGACUCUCUCUGGAGUCAAACCAGAGACUCUUAGGAGGUCUGCUGGGUCACACAGACAACAGUCGAAAAAUGAUCCAAAGAGUCUUAAGAGGUCUGCAGGGUCACAUAGACAACAGUCCAGAAAUGAUCCAAAGAGUCAUCAACAACCUGAAGAAGAUGAACAGUGAAGAUAUCUCUCCUGACAGAAGCAUUAACAUCUUCCACUGUCUGAUGGAGAUGAACGAUCUGUCAGUUCAUCAGGAGAUCCAAGAGUUCCUGAAGUCAGAGAACAGAUCAGGGAAGGAACUCUCAGAGAUCCACUGCUCUGCUCUGGCCUACAUGCUGCAGAUGUCAGAGGAGGUUCUGGAUGAGUUGAACUUAUAUAGUUAUAACACAUCAGACCAGGGACGACAGAGACUGAUCCCAGCUGUGAGGAACUGCAGAACGGCUGAGUAAGUCCAGGUUUUAUUCUCAGAAUAGUGUAAAUGAUCCCUGUAGUUCUUCUAAUGUCCACGUUACUGAUGAUGUUCUUCUUCAAAUAGAAAUCCACUCAAAUGUCAGGGAGGGGGUUUCUUUAGCAAAAACAUGAUCCUGGUGUCUAAAGUCCUGUUAGCCCAGGAUGAGGUCUACCUGUGGACCCCUGAGAACUUGUCCUGAUUGUGGAGGACCUCUUUGUUUUGAAUCGUGUCUGUAAUGAUUAAAGUGGAACUUUCAGGACAAAUCAGCGACCAUAUCUGAGGACACACAGAGGUCUUCUGAUGAUGGUAUCAGUCCAGAUCAACAUCUCAGUCAGUUGUGGUGAACUUGUUUCCAUGUUUCUAAGGAGAAGCAGUGUGACUGCAUCAUUAUCAUCAUCUUCAUCUUCAUCAGUUUUCCAUGGUGUCCCCUUUACUAACCAAUCACAUACCAGAACCAAAAACCUGGUUCUCAGUCCCCUUCUCCAACCAGAACUCAAGAAUUCACUCAGUCAUAAUGAUCCAGCUGCACUAACAUGAAGACAACACUGUUAGAGAACAGAAGGACUAAAAUAAGUCAUGGAGUCAUUUGUCUUGAACAUCUGAACAGUUUUUUUUUCUUCUAAACUUUGACUUCCUGUCUUCUCUCAUGGCUGUGGUCCUGAUAUUAGUAUCUGUCUGGUUAAAAACAGGCCGUCUGUCAAACCAAAGAUCAUGUUUGUUUUUGGGGAAGAGAAACAUCAAAUUACCCUUUAAUGAAAUAUUGUUGAUAUUUAUGUUGUUACAGACUUUCUAACUGUGGACUCUCAGAGACUCACUUUGAAGUUGUGGCCUCAGCUCUGAAGUCCAACCCCUCCCAUCUGAGACAUCUGAACCUGAGUGACAACGAUCUGAAGGAUUCAGGAGUGAAGUUUCUCUCUGCAGGACUGGAGAGUCCAAACUGCAGACUGGAGACUCUGAGGUCAGACACCAUUUCCUUCUGAUCUAACAAUAAGAUGUGACAGCUGCUGCCUUAGAUUUUUCUCUGUGGUUUUUCCAUCAACUUUGGUCGAGCAGUUUGAAUUUGUCGUUGUAAAACUUCAACACAGGAAGAAAAAUCUGACAUUUCAGAGUUGACUUUGAGGAGAACGAUGGAUGUAGAAAGGAAGCAGGAGAAAAUCAGUCCCACAAAUAUUACACAUGCUUGUAGAGGGCAGGAGCAGCACAGACUAAAGGCUGAUACUGAACUGAUCCACAAUUAAUGUGAUCACUGAUGAAUGAAUGAAGUGUCAGAGAAAUGAUGAGCUGCAGAUUGAAACCUGAAGAACAAAGUUAAUCCAACUCUGGAUUUUUUAUUUGGAAACUCUUGAAAACUUGAAUUUCUUCUUUGCUCAGUCGUGUUCAAAUGUAAAAACCAGAUCCAGAUUUUUCUGCAGUUUUCACUUCAGUUUGUUGAACAUGAACAUCAUCUUGUCCAGUUGGUCCAUAAAAACCUCUCUGAUCAAUGAUCUGUUGGUUUAUUUAAGAGUAGUUUGGCAGUUGUUGACAGCAGACGGACAGACCCCUGAAUAAACUCCUGACUAUUUUCAUCUUCAUGAAGAAUUCAGGACAAAAAAAAACCUUUGAGAUUUCUCACAGGAGUUUCUCAGGAUCUCUAUAAAGUUUUCUGUAUCUUGUAAAAUUUUCUACACUGUAAAAUUCCUCAGGAUCUUCAAAAAGUUUAGAGAGGAUUUUACAAAGUUUAUCUCUGAAAAAGUUUUUCUUCUGUGUCCUUCAGGGGCUCAAGAUCAUUGAAUCAUUAAAAGCAGGAAAAGGAGGUUAAAUGAUUUUUUCUUUUUUCAGACUGAGGGACUGCAAUUUUUCAGAGAUCAGCUGUUCUUCUCUGGCCUCAGCUCUGAAGUCCAACCCCUCCCAUCUGAGACAUCUGGACCUGAGCAGAAACAAGCUGCAGGAUUCAGGAGUGAAGCUGCUGUGUGACUUUCUGCAGAGUCCAAACUGUAACCUGGAGACUCUGAGGUCAGACUUUUUUCCUCCAUUCAAACAUGAUCAUGAUUUAUUUGUGAUGAUGACACUAAACUGCUGACUCAGGACUGAAACACUGACCCAGACUGAACACCUUCAGUCCAGAGUAGAUUUUCUGCAUCAGUGGAUUAUUUAAUUGACUCCAGUUAGAUCACUGCUGAGCUCCAGUGAAUUAAAACCUGAACCCAAGAAGAAAACUCUUUGUAGAGUUCACAGUGAGAAGCACAUUCAGACAGAAAACAGAAGCAGGGGGAGAUUUGUCAGACGAGAACCAUUCAAACUUUUGUUCAGGACAAGAUCAGGGAAUAGAAAAAACUCAGAGUUUAGUUUCUGACUCUGAUGAAAGUCCAGCUCUGUUACUUUGAAUUUUGUUUUUGAAUCUUUGUGUGAAAAUCUGAAUUUUCUGGUUUAUCUGCACUUUUCUGAAGCCUUGCUGUGUUUAGACUGAAAUAUUUUCCUCUCAAAGACGUGAUAUUUUUGGUUCAGCAAAGUGAAAAUAUUCUGAACAUCCUUUAUUUCCCAUCCAUCCUGAAGUCGCUGACAUUUUCUGAAAAUAUUGAUCUGCAUCUACAAUCAGUAAAAAAGUCUCUGAGUUUUUUAUUUCACUAUUUAAUGUGUUUUUGAAUUCACUGUUUCAAACUGACUUCCUGUUUGGUUCAGCUCUUUGGAGCGUCACUUUUCUCUGAUUCAUACUUUCCAAACCUUUCCCCUGAACUCGACAGAUUUAAGACAUCAGGUUUCAAACUGGAUCAUUUUUCUCUAAAAUCUCAUUAUUUCCUCUUUAUUUAGGUUAAUGAGCUGCAGGUUGACAAAGAUCAGCUGUUCUUCUCUGGCCUCAGCUCUGAAGUCCAACCCCUCCCAUCUGAAAACUCUGGACCUGAGUUUCAACAAUCUGCAGGAUUCAGACGUGGAGCUGCUGCGUGAUCUUCAGAAGAGUCCAGACUACAGACUGGAGGAUCUGAGGUCAGUAUAGAGUUGGAGUUAGUCUGUGCUGAUCUCUCCUGUUCCUCUCCACACAGUAUCACAGCAGAUAUUCAGUAUUUCCUGCUGACUCUUCGACCCUCUCAGAGGAUUAUCUCUUUAGUGAAGCUGUGAGAACAGAAAUCAUCAAACCAGGAGUGUAAGAGUGUCAGAGAUGAAAAAAGUGUCUCCUCGUCUCUAUAUUUCAGAUCAAAUGUAGAAAUGAGACAUAAUGAAACAGAAAUGUUCAGUUUCUGCUCUGAAGUCCAGUUUAUAGUUCUCUGUAUUCAACACAGACUUUAUUUCUCUGCUAACUUGUUGAUUUUGACCUCUAAGUCUGAAAACAGACAGCUGUUCUUUAUACUUGUUAUUUUCACAGCAGGUUUGUUCGAUCAGCUUUAACUCAUUUGACAGGAAUGAUUUCUUUAUUUUGAUGAUGUUGGUUUAUUUGUGAGGAAACCUGCUGCUUUACACCAUCACUUCUGGUCUGAGCAGGACUGAGACCUGCUGGUCUGUAAACUGGAUGUUCUUCAGUCCAGCUGAUGAAGUGAGUCUCAGAGUGGAAACACUGAUCGUAUGUUUUUCUCUCCUCAGAUGGAUGUAUUCUCUGUCAGAGUGAUUAAGAAGAGGAUCAUGUGUUUCCUGACGAUCAGAGAGGUGGAGGCAGCAGCAGUGAGGGUGAGGUGAGUCUCUGACUGAGAGACUGACUGACCAAUCACAGCGGGCGGAGAGGACUCUGGGAGCUGCACUUUGACCUGCUCUGAGAUCAGCUCAGGACCUGGACUCUGGAUAUUUGAUCUUUUCCCUCAUAUUCUGGGAUCAAACAGUCUGAACAGGUUUGUUUUGUUGAUGGAAACAUGAUCAUAAAUUUACACUUUGAUUGGAUUACUUUUUUUUACCAUGAUGCAGCGCCACCCAGUGGAAAUAUAAAGAGGUGGAGUUGAUUUAUUCCCUCAUAUUUCUGUAGCAGGAGUUGAUACCAUGUGUGAGAGUAGAUCAGUCAGAAGUUCAGAUUAAACCCAAAGGUUUUUUCUUUCCUUUGCACCGUUAGAGACCGAAUAUAAACUGAAGGGAGAGGAAGAGAAGUGAGGAGAGAUGGAGGUGAAGGGAGGAGGAGGAGGAGGACAGGGUUUGGGGUUUUAACAAAAAUCUGAAGCUUUAUUCUUUCACUUGAUUAUUUUUAUUCAUCCGUUUUCUUCUUCAUUUUCUGAAAUGAUUGUAAAUAUUGAUUGGAGGUAAAUUGACCUUAUUUUAUAUUAUUAGACACUAUUUUCCGUCUCUUUACAUGUUUUUGUUCUCAUAUCAUCUUUGUGCUCAUCAAUAAUCGAUUCCCUCCAGUUUGGAUGAACAAACUCAAUUAUUAAACCAUAAAUGAGACCUGAGAGUAAAAUGUGUGAAAUAUAAUCAGUCAAAGGAAAGAUUCUUGAACAAAAACAUUAUUUUUACUUGAUUAUGAUGGAGAAGUUUUCCUCUGACAGACAAAAAUAACCGUAUUGACUGGAGUCUGGAAAAAGUGAGAUCAGCAUCUAUUCAGGGUGAAGUCAUUAACGUGGUCGAUGCUGUUUUAUAAACUCAGUGUUGUUGAUUACAAUCUCAGCUUCAUAAAUUGAUGCAACAGUGGAGUGACUUCCUGUAAAAUCCACUGGCUUUGUGAGACCGUCAGCUUUCAGGAGAUAAGUUUGUGUUUCUGUGACACUCCAAAGAUUUUCUAUCCCACAGAGAAGAUCGGUGUGUUUUCAGAGACCUUCCUGAUCCCAUCCCUCCAAAAUGAAAAUAAUCUGAUGGUUUAUGGAUUAAUUUCAGUAACAAAGAGUCAUUUCUGUUGUUAGCCAAUCAGAGGCUGUAUCUGCCAUCAGCUGACUUGUAAAGGUCCAAUCAAAAGUCAGGACAGCUCAUGUCACAAUCUGCUCACACUACAGACACAUUAAACAUAGAACUAUUGUGAACAGAUCUGUCCUCUUCAACUUAUCUAGUAUCAAUAGAUCUAUGCUCUGUCUGUGUAACACUAUGUUGGUUCUUCAUUUACAGCAGAUCAUUUUUGAUUUCAUUUCACUGUAACAAUGUCAUUUAAAGACAAUAAAAACUUUAUUUGAACCAACACAUGUUAAAAACAUCAACUCAGCUUGUUUCAGUCACUGUGUCCGAUUGAUUAUUAUUAUUUAUCAUUCAAACAAAAACUAGAUUUGGUCUUUAAAAAGUCCUCAAAGUGAGUCUGAAAAGUGGAGGAAGGUUUCAUCAUCAGGGUGCUCCUAUAUUCAGGUCAAUACGGUAGUGGAUCAUAGAGACUCAAAGCCUUGAUUCAGCUGAGGCUGGAGGACGCUGCGUGAAGGAAAGUCGGUGUGUUUAGUUGGUCUUAGUUUUUAUUAAACAGGAACUUUGAUUUGAUCGUCUUUUCUUGGAAAUCAAACUUCCUGUUGGACUCAAAGAUAAAGUCUGUGAUCCCACACAUCUAACAAAUAAAGGUAAAAUAUGAAGACAGGAGAUUUCUGUGUGACAUCAAAGAUAUUCUAGAUUUAGUUUUCUAAGCAACAGGUGGUCGUUUCUUAUAGGGGUACUUUGAUCCAGAAAUCUGAAAAGGGUUAUUAAAGCAAAAGACGAAAAACACACAUAUACUGUGUUUAUAUAUAGAUAUCUCUCAGAACAGAUAUACAGAAAGGCAACACGACAAAGAUGUUUAUAUUGAAAAUGACUACAUAUAUGUUGAUGUGAUGUGUUAUUUAAUUAUCAUUUUAAUAGAAAUAUUACUCAUAUAACAUACAGCAUCCCCUUCAUGAUGCGCUUGAACCGAAAAGGUUGCUGCAAGUCUGGUUUCUCUGUAUUAUCUGUAAUUUUUUAAGUUUUUGCCAGAUUUUUUUUCAUAUUUUUGUUGUCAUUUUGUCGGCUGCUGAUGGAUACUCCUGCUGGGUGAAGAGUUUACUCAAGAUAGGAGCUCCUUCCAUUGAGGAAAAGCAAAUCUGGACAACAACAUACAAU